GAGUCGUGUGGCUUUAUGCCUGAUCACGUAUUGUUUUUUCCGGACUUGCAGAGUUAAAAACAACUAAUCCCAGGUUAUAUCGACAACUCCCUUAGGCGGAGCAUUCGCUUGGAAACAAACAGCAUUAUCGAUUGCUUAUUUUGCUGGCAUAUAAGAUGCAUCACUCCUCCAUUUAAAGAAAACCAAACGUCACAGCAGCAGGGACAGAUCACAGAGAGAGCGUUUUGCAAAUUCAAUAGUUUGUUAAAGGCGAGGCAGGGUUGUCGUGGAAGGCAGAUAGACAGUUCAGUGCAGUGGUGAGCGCUGACACUGACAGACGCUGUCCAUGGUGCUGUAGUACUGGAAGGCGCUUUGUUUCAGCCCUGUGAAUCUGCGGCUCUGUUGUAGCUCUGAUGUGCUGCUCUGAAGCAGUACCUAUGCACUGUUUGGUUUGCAUUUCAGGAUUGAAUAUAAGUGCUUUGAUUCAGCGUUACGGGACUCUUCUAGGCAGAGUGUAUUUCUCCCUGCACUCCGAUCUACAUACUUGCAAAGCGAACAGUUCUUGUGUAUGUUUCAAAGAACUCGGAAGGGCUGUAUACUUUGCAGGAAAAGGGACCUCAAGGAAUGCCGACAGCUUGGCACAUUCAGUACCUGUGUUACUGCACUGUUCAAGUCUGAACGACAGUUGUGUUUGUACAGCCGUGUUUCGCUGGAAUGAUCCGAAGUACAGCUAAUUGCAAAGAGCGACAUACCCACAGUAUCUGAAAGCUGAAAUUACUCGCAUUAAAAAUCGCUGUGAAGAAGUAUAACGGCACACAGAAAACGGGUGUUGUUUUUGGUAUGACGUCUAUACCCUUCGACUUUGGCAAAAGAAAAGACAACCAUGAAAUCAACCAGGCUAUACAUGAAGCUAACCAAAACGCCCUUGCUGCAACGGGAUCACUUUACUGAUCAACUUUAUUAAAACACCCGUAUCGUUUAAACACGGCUCUCUUAACAAACCUUUGUUUAUGGUGUCAUACAGAGGUAUGUCUUUAUUCUUCAUGUCCACAUGCUAAAGUUGUAAGUUCCACGGUAUGCUGUAGCGAAUUGGCUUCAUUCUGAUUGUCACAGUAAUCAAACUGCGGCUGUGCAAGGCUUGCAUUCCUCUGAGCGAGCUGUCAUGUCAGUCCUUGUGUGUGGUACCAACCCGCUCUUCUUGUGAAUGUGAGGGGUACUGAAACCUGGUCUGUGAUUAAGACCCGAUCUUUUAAUGUCUAGGAAGUCUGCGUGGAAGGAUGGCUCUUCUUGUUCAAGUAGCUUGUGUCCUCCUUUUAGCCCCUCCAUCAAUGGUCAGCCCAGCGGCCAUCAACCACGAAGACUACCCGGCUGACGAGGGCGACCAUACCUCCAACAACAACGAUCUAAUCUUUGACGAUUACCGGGGGAAAGGGUGCGUGGAUGACAGUGGAUUUGUGUAUAAACUCGGGGAGCGCUUUUUCCCCGGUCACUCGAACUGCCCGUGCGUGUGUACCGAGGACGGGCCGGUGUGUGACCAACCCGACUGCCCCAAAAUUCACCCCAAGUGCACCAAAGUGGAAAACAAUGGCUGCUGCCCAGAGUGCAAGGAAGUUAAAAACUUUUGUGAAUAUCGUGGGAAAACGUACAAAAUCCUGGAAGAAUUCAAGGUGUUUCACCUACAGGGAUCCCUGCCGACAGAGGAUGGGACUGAAUUACCUGUGACCUCCCCACAGCUGCAAUCAAGAACUGGACACUUUAGGCCCUCCCCCUGCGAGUGGUGCCGUUGUGAGCCCAACAAUGAGGUCCACUGUGUAGUUGGUGACUGCGCUGUCCCGGAGUGUGUCAACCCCGUGUAUGAACCUGAACAGUGCUGCCCUGUGUGUAAAAACGGUCCAAACUGCUUUGCUGGAACGACAAUAAUCCCAGCUGGGAUCGAAGUGAAGGUUGAUGAAUGCAACAUCUGUCACUGUCACAACGGAGACUGGUGGAAGCCGGCUCAGUGUUCGAAACGGGAGUGCCAAACCAAACAGAAUUCAUAGAGACACACCGAGAGAGACAGAGAACACAGGCAGGGCACAGACACCUGUUCUGAUCCAGUGCAGUGACACUCCUUCGCCAAGCUGAUUAAUGAGCGCUGCUAAGGAUAUCAUUUACACGUUUCUGAUAAAAGAAAAAAGUCACCCUCUGGGAAAACAGCAGGAUGUCCCACCAAAACAGCUUGAUUUGUUUUGUAACUGCUGAUGCAGAAGUUUAACAGUAUGAUGUAAUCAGUAGAAAUGUGCAGAAACUUCCAACUAUUAUUCUAACAUAUGCAUGCAUUUUAAGUUGAGGCCCACAGAAACUUACAGUAAAUAACGGAUUAGAUUACCCAGCUGGGUUCAUUUUACUCUUGCCAUAUCAGAUUUUCAGUUUUAAUCGUGUGCCCCAUCUCUCCCUGUAUAGAUAGAAACACUUGAGUGCAGGGCCUGACAG